CACACUGACCAGCAGCAGAUAUUUUCGUAUGUAAAACGCAUUAAAAACUUAUAAUUGUGUAAAUAUUUGAGAGCUCAAAUGUGCGUCUAUGUUUGUUUCUUAGUUGCAUAAAUUAACAGCUGCUGGCAAUAAUACGCAGCAAAAUGCUCGACCUGUGAAUAUCAACCAAUUACCUUCAUUCACCUGGCGGGGGUGUGUAUGUGUGUGUGUUUGUGGGGGAUGUUAAGUGAAUCACAAUCACAAUCACACAAUUAAAAAAACGCUGCAAAAAUGUACCAAAGCGCCUGCAAUGCGGCCACGACUGGCUCGUGUGUGCCCGGUGCUGGCAAUCAAAUGGACACUGAUCGUCAGGCGGCACUGAUAGCUCAACAACCACCCACAGCGCCCGUGGAGCCUGACUACAGUGGCUUCGAUAUCGUUAAGGCCACACAGUACGGUGCGAUAGCACGUGUCCGGGAUCUGGUCGAGUCUGGCUGGGAUGUCAAUCAGCCCGACAGUGAAACAGUCACAUUACUCCACUGGGCAGCCAUUAACAAUCGCAGAGAUAUUAUUCGAUAUUUUCUGGAAAAGGGCGCCACAGUCGACGCCGUUGGCGGCGAACUGAAUGCUACGCCGCUGCAUUGGGCCACACGGCAGGGCCACCUGGGCGCUGUAGUUCUGCUGAUGGCAGCAGGCGCUGAUCCGCGCAUACGCGAUGCAGAGGGCUGCUCCUGCAUACACAUUGCCGCACAGUUUGCACACACCGCCUUGGUGGCCUACUUCAUAGCUAAAGGCGUGGAUCCCGACCUGCAGGAUCGUGGCGGCAUGACGGCGCUCAUGUGGGCUGCCUGGAAGGUAUGUGCUCUGGACCCUGUGCGGCUGCUGCUCACGCUGGGCGCCAAUCCCGCCAUGGUUGAUUACACACAUGGUAAUACGGCAUUGCAUUGGGCAAUACUAGCGCGUAAUUCCACCGCCAUAUCCACGUUGGUGCUUAAGUCGAAAGCUUCGCUGGAUGUGCCUAACUUGCGUGCCGAGACGCCGCUCUCGAUGCUGGAAUCACAAACCGGUGCCAUUUGGAUUGGCGCCAAAGUAAUGGACCGAGUCAGAGAGGCCGCCUUGACUUCCCAACAGCGCCGAUCACUCGUCUCAAAGCUACGCCAUGACAAACGCUUGCGCUGGUGGUCGAUGGUCGCCUGCCCCUUUACUGCCUUCUAUCUGGCUGGUAUUGUCUUUACCAUUAAUACGCUGUAUAUUAUCAAAUUUUUCCUGCUGGGUUGCCUGUAUGCCAUAUUCCAUACCAUUGGCAAAACGCUGUUCGAUGAGCAUCUGAUGGCGCUGCUGCCGCUCUCCGUUUAUCUUGCGACCAAGGCCUGGUUCUAUGUUACUUGGCUGAUGUAUAUCGAUGAUGCUGUGUCGCUAGCAACCACUGUGUGCUUCCUUAUCAGCUCGCUGGCGCUCUGGGUGUGCUUUCUGAAGUCCUGGAAGGGUGAUCCAGGCAUUAUACGACCCACUCGAGAGCAGCGAUUUAAGACGAUAAUUGAGCUCUCGGAACGCGGUGGCAUUGGCUUUGAGCCCGCCUCCUUCUGCUCGGGCUGCCUAGUGCGUCGACCUAUACGCUCGAAGCACUGCUCCGUGUGCGACCGUUGUGUGGCCCGCUUCGAUCAUCAUUGUCCCUGGGUGGGCAAUUGCAUUGGUCUCAAAAAUCACAGCUACUUCAUGGGCUUUCUCUGGAUGCUCUUGAUAAUGUGUGCCUGGAUGCUAUACGGCGGCUCUAAGUUCUAUGUGAACGAGUGUAAUGUGCACUUUGACGAUUUCCUUACCGCUAUGCGUGCAAUUGGCAAUUGCAACGCCUGGGUAGGCUGGGUAAUGGGCAAUGCUUUGUUGCACAUGUCCUGGGUCAUAUUGCUGACUGUUUGCCAAACGUAUCAAGUGAUUUGCCUAGGCAUGACAACCAAUGAGCGUAUGAACCGUGGUCGCUAUCGCCAUUUCCAGGCAAAGGGUGGACAGAGCCCGUUUACACGUGGACCGCUACUCAAUUUAAUUGACUUUCUGGAAUGCAAUUGCUUCGGCUUGAUGCAGCCGCGACGCGUGGAUUGGAUGAACUACUACGACUACGAUGCACAGGUGCAUCAAACAAUUGAGAAGGAGCCGCUGCUGAGAGCUGAUGGUGCCGAUGCCGAUGGACUGAUCGGGGAUCAUCAGUACGUGUAGGACAAAUCCUAUCGGGAUGCGAAGACGCUUCAAAUGCCCAUUGCGCAUGUCUAACAACGAUUCGUGUGCUAAUAACAAGAAGACAAUGCUUUAGAUAUAUAUAUGCCCACCCGAUUAGCUUCGUAUUAUUAUGUUUUUUAGUGAUUUGUAAUUGGAACGCGCUGCUGCAAAACAACGAUUUAAUAACAACAACAAUAUAUAAAGACAAAAGACAGAAGCGUCGUCGCUGACCGAUAUCGGAUCAAGUAAAUGGGGCAUAAUUGAUGAUGCCCCAAACACACAAACUACGUACAUUUAUUGUGCAUGUAUUUUACCUGUAAUUACAAAACUUUGUACAUUUUUCAGCACAUUUCUUAAUUUACCUCAAAAAAAAAAAACAAAACACACAAACUCUUUUUCGACUUCACUCUAAAGUAUUUGUUAUACCAAAAACAAAAACCGAACAAAAUAUGUAACUAAUGCAAGAAAAUCAAAACAAAAAAAGAUGGAAUUAUUUAACAAUGAGUGCAAUACUUGCAACUUUCAAUUAACACACAAUUCAAACAAAUUUCUAAAAAAAAGCGCACAGUUGAAAACGAAAAGCAAAAUACAAAACUUUACAAAAUAUGUAUUACAAAUUAUAAAUGAUGUGUAUUCUAAAAGCAAGAUUAAAGUAAACAAAAUUCUAGCAGUUGCCUUUGGGUUAGCUUGGUUCGCCACUGUUUAAGCUACUAAAAAACCAAAAAGAACAAACACCAAACAAAUACUUUAAAUAUAUAUAGAUACAUAUAUAUAUAUACUUAUAUGGCGAAUGAAAAAACAAAGCGAUUUGCAUACUUAAUGGAAAAUCCAAAUUCUAAACGCGAUUCAAUUCAAUAUGCACUAGUCUAGUCAGCAAUCAUUUAAGUAAAAUGUUAUAGUGCAACAACCGACAUAUAAACAAUAUUGCAUAUU